GGGGGCGGGGCCCGGCCCCCUCGGCCGCUCCCAUUGGCCAUCCGGAGGUCGCUCCAGGUUGUGCCGCGGCUCAGGCGGCCCCAGUCGGUAGGGUGCGUCCUCCGCUUCGCGCCUGGCGGCUGUGCCCGGGCGGGAUGCGGCCCCGCGGCGAGCUGCACUGACCGCCGCGCUUCGCCCCGGCCCCGGCCCGCCAUGUAUGCGGGGCGCAAGCGGAAGAAGCCGGUGCCCCGAGCGGCGAAACCCGGGCCGGCCGAAGGCGCCACGUCCAACCCCUCCAAGCGGCACCGGGAGCGGCUGAACUCGGAGCUGGAGCGGCUGGCCGGCUUGCUGCCCUUCCCGGAGGAGGUCCUCGCCAGCCUGGAUAAGCUGUCCGUGCUGCGCCUGGGGGUCAGCUACCUCAGGGCCAAGAGCUUCUUCAGCGUUGCUCUACAGAAUCACAGUGCCAAAGAAGCAGAGAGGAAUGGAGAGCAUGACAGAGGACCGGCUCCGGGCUUGGCAGCUGCAGGAGUACCAGAGGGCGAGCUGCUCUUACAGGCACUCAAUGGCUUUGUGUUGGUGGUGACAUCAGAAGGACUGAUAUUUUACUCCUCGCAUACGAUUCAGGACUAUCUGGGAUUUCAUCAGACAGAUGUCAUGCACCAGAGUGUAUUCCAGCUGAUCCACACUGAGGACCAGCAGGAAUUCAGGCGCAACCUCCACUGGGCCCUCAAUCCACCGCACACUCCUGAGGGUGAGCCCUCUUCUGAAGGGGAGAAGAAUCUUGGCUCUUCUGCUGUCAUCUACAAGCCUGAUCAGUUGCCUCCAGAAAACUCUGCCUUCCUUGAAAGGAGCUUUGUGUGCCGGUUUCGCUGCCUCCUGGAUAAUUCGUCUGGCUUCCUGGCUUUAAACCUUCAAGGCAGGCUGAAAUUCCUUCAUGGGCAGAACAAAAGGUCCAAAGAUGGGUCUCCAUUGCCACCCCAGCUUGCCCUCUUUGCUAUCUCCACCCCCUUGCAGCCCCAGUCUAUCCUGGAGAUCAGAACCAAGAACACAAUCUUCAGGACGAAGCACAAGCUGGACUUCACCCCCUUGGCAUGUGAUGCCAAGGGGAAGAUCAUUUUGGGCUACACUGAGGCAGAACUGCGGAUGUGUGGCACUGGUUACCAGUUCAUCCACGCUGCUGACAUGCUGUAUUGUGCAGAGAACCACGUCAGAAUGAUGAAGACGGGCGAGAGCGGCCUGACAGUCUUCCGCCUCCUGACAAAGGACAACCGCUGGAAGUGGGUGCAGGCCAAUGCACGGCUUGUCUACAAGAAUGGCAAACCUGAGUAUAUUAUUGCCACACAGAGACCACUUAUAGAUGAAGAAGGAGGAGAACACCUGAGGAAACGGUCCAUGCAUCUUCCCUUUACCUUUGCUACAGGAGAGGCACUCUUAUACCAAACCAGUCGCCCUCUCCCAGGCUUCUCUGACCCUUUCCUGAGCAAAGAGAAGAAUAACAAGUCCAUGAAGACCUCCCACAGCAAUGGAGAGCACUCCCAGAAGGAUAACAUUGACCCCAAUUCUCUGUUGGGUGCUAUAAUGCAACAGGAUGAGGCAGUGUACAUCUCCCAUCCAGCUCCCACACACAAUCACUCCUUCAGUAGCAGUUUCCUGAACCACCUGGGGGAUGUGCCCUUGUGGGGUGCACAAAGAGAGCCCUGGAGUAUGAUCACUGCCUCAGUUUCCUCAGGGGAAAAUGACCUCAGUCAGGAGGAGGACCCUCUGUUGGCCACCUUAGACUCGCUCUCUAUUAGCAGUGAUGAGAGCUGUUCCCACAGUGAGCUGUCCAGUGCGCUGGAGAGUCUUGGUUUAAAUGCCAAGGACCUGGAGCCCCUGCUGUUGGAUGAGAAAAUGGUGAUGGUCGAUAUGGACCCUGAUCACUCCCUGUCCCUCAGCAACUUCCUAACCAACGAUGAGAUUCUCUCCUACAUCCAUGAGUCUCUGAUGAACAAGUAUGAGGGGGGACAACAGGUCUGGCCUUCACUGGACACAACCCAGAGCCUGAAUGAAGACUUCCCUAUGUACCAGGCCCAUGUGGAGGACAAGGACUCUCAGUACCUUUCCCAACAAAUGCAGCAGUCUGGAGUUGCCCAGGGCCAGGCAGCUGCUCCACUGUGGGAAUGGCCCCUCCACAGCACACUGGGGCAGCUGUCCCCAUUGCUGCUGAAGCCAUCAGAAGAAGAGAAACAGCUGUCUGAUGGCUUGCAGUGGAGGCCAGCUGGGGAAGAGGGCCUGCUCCACUUUUUCCAGCUCACACAGGGCACUCAGUGGGCCAAAGCUCCCGGCUUGGGCCUGCAGGGCUCAUCCAUGGGAGUCCCAUACCCAUGGGAGACACAUGGGGCUCAGCAGCUGGAGGGUGAAUUCCCAGCUAUGCAUUUCAUCCAAGAAGAUGCUCUUCAGCCCUUUUCCCUUCACAGUCAGGGCCCAGGGUGUUUGGGACUGCCAAGCCAACUGAAACACAAGGCCAGCCAGUAUUUGCUGAUGAAUGGGUUGUGUGGCCACAACCCCACCUCCUCUCCACACCUCCGUCCUGGCAGCAGCAAUAGCCCAUGGCAGGACUAUGUUUCCCCACUCCUGGGGUCCCCAGCUCAGCUUGAUUUCUGUCGCAAUGACCAAGACUUGAACCUCCAGCAUCAGGGUUGCUCGAGUCCAGUGCACGGGCCCAAUGUGUCAACAGUACACUUUAACCUGAAUGGAUUAUCCAACAUGGAAACUGUGGACAGUAGGGGGUCCCAGGAAGAGGUGGUUCCAUAUGCUGUUUUUUCCCCUCCUUCCUCAUACCAGCUUAUUUCCAAGAAGCAGCCAAGCCCUGUUCCCUCAGUGUCCCAACACCCUUUCCAGAGCUUCGCUGCAGAGCAUUUUGGAAGCAUUAGCAGGCCACUGGAGACUCCUAUGAAUUCCUAUGGGAUGUAUACCUCCUUGUUGAGCCAGGAGAGUAGACACAAGCCUGAAAACCUUUUGUCCAGUGCUCGUGUGGGAUUCUCUGGAGACUGCCUGGUGCCAAGGGGGAGAUCCACUCCUUCCAGCAAGCUGCACUCUUGUACGGAAGUGCUUCCAGAUCACCAGCAUGCAUCCAGCAGUGACUUUUAUCUUUAGGAGAGGAAGAUUAGAUGGGACAAAACAGGAUUAUUCACAGACUAUGUGGGGAAGAAGCUGUGUUUAAGUUACAGAUAACAGAGCCAUUCUUUCCCUUCUCCCUGUCAUCUGUGUCCUGCCAUUCAGAGCAAUGUCAGUUGCUUUGGCUUGGCUGGCUUUGUUCUUAUUUUUUAUCAACCUCUUGCAAUGCUGACCCUGCAGAGCAGGGAAGAAGGGAGAUUAUGUGUGCCACGCUGUACGUCUCACGGAGAUGUCCCCGACUUGAGAACUGAGGUUACCAUUAUGCCAGGCAGCAGGGCUGAAGAGCAGGGCUUCCCUGGGGCAUGGAUGCGUGGAGACAGCGAGCCAGCCUGCAAUGUGGGUCAGCCAGCACAUGCAGCAUCUUUUUUUAAUGCAAUUAUCUUGUAAUUUCUGAGAGUUUGGUUGGGUUUGGCCCAUUAGAAGACCCCAAACUUCAGGGCAUUUUUUUUACAUGCUGUCUCUCAUUCCACUCCGACCCCCUUGUUUUUGUUUCACCAGCAGGGAUGUUGUCUGCCCUUUCUGUCUGUGGAUCUUACAGCAAAAGGAGAGUCCACUUUGAAAUAUUUUGGCCUGGUUUAUUUGCAUUUAUGGUUGUUUCUGUCUUUUAAAUGGUAUUCAGAGACUAACUGUUGCUCUAGAAAGAAAAAGGAUUGCUUUCUAACCCCAACCAAGAUGCUAUGUUGAAGAUGUGAUAUUAAUGUGGCAAGUCUUGCACUUUGCUGAGAAAUCAGAGAGAGAGCUCUCUGUUGCACCAAUCUUUGCAGUUCUGUCAUUAAGUGAAAGUAUUUUUGGUGCAUUUUGCCAGGCUUUUUGAAACACUGGCUGCUUUCAUUACUGUUGCUUCACUCCCACAGUUCAGUAGUCCCUGACAGUGUCUGUGCAAAGCAGCCCUCGCCUCUAAGGACAAAUGGAUUUCUGCUCUCUGAAGCUUUCUGAUGAGCAAACAUUUACAAGCAUGGCCCAAAAACCCCCACAAGAGUUGUGUGUAGAAAAAAGACAGGGGAGGUUUUCACCUAUGGUAUUAACUUUACUGCCAUCCCAGCCCAGGCACCUUUGGCUAUGGCAGAGGCACAUAGUAUGGAUAAUGCCUGUUUUAAAAAGAAAUCUGAACCCUGACUUCUGUUCUCAUGUUGCACUGGUUCUUUCUGCCAGAUUUCUGUGUGUGUCCCAUGCAUUCCCAUUUGUUAGGAUCUAGAUUAGAUGUCCUGUGGCAAAUGUCCUGAAUUACAGUUUUGUUGUACUGUGUGUGACAUACAUACCCAGGCUGGCUGAUGACUGAUUUUUCUUUUGGCUGGCAGGGAGUCUAAACCCCUUCAGCUGUUCAGGUACUUCAUUCUCAAACAUUAGGAGCAAACUGGCAUAUAAGCCAUACCUUGUAUCUGUGCCUAAAAAGAUUGCAGAAAGGUAGUGGAGUUGACUGCUAACCUAAGGUGAAGAUUCAGAUUUACUGUACAAAAGAAAAGUUUUCAGUAAGAUAAAAAAAAAUAAGUACAAUGUUACUUAAUUUUAAAUACUGACAUAGUGAUAUUUUCCCAUAGAAAAGAAAUACAGCCCAUACAUAUGUAUAUAGUUUGAGCUGACAGAUAUAUUUUUAUGCCACUCCCGUGAAGAAGAAAAUUUCUUAUCUUCCCAAAGCAUUAAAUUAGUAACCUAUGGGAUGAGACAAAGACACCGUUCAAAGGAUUAGAAAUAUGACCACCCUUUCAGAAACCUGACAAAGAAGCAUCCCUCCUACUGUGUGUUCAGCCUUGGUUUCAUGUAACUUUCUGUCCUUUUUUUUUUUUUUUUUUUUUCCCCCUCAAUAAAAAGUUCUGGACCUCA